GUCGACGGCCCGACGCUCAUAGCCCCUCUUCACACAGAGCUACAGGACUAGUCCGUCUCACCGCGCAAGCGCCCUAGGCUCUUCACGCCCCCUGCGCGCUCUCCUACCCUGCUUGCGACGCAGGCGCAGAGGCUGGGCGUGCAGCUGCCGCCGCAGAGCCGGAGCGGGGGCCGCCGGCGCCGCAUCCCUCUCUACCUGCCAACAUCCUGUAUUAGAGAACUUGUGGCCGAGGUGUGGCUGUGGAGAGCUGGCCGGGGAGGGACGCUGCUCAGCUGCUGCUCUGCUCCUGUCUCCUGUCCCCUCUCCCGGCCAUGACAGAGACCCGUGAGCCAGCUGAGACUGGGGGCUAUGCCAGCUUGGAAGAAGACGACGAAGACCUUUCCCCAGGCCCUGAGCAUUCCUCUGAUUCAGAAUAUACUCUCUCAGAGCCGGACUCCGAAGAGGAAGAAGAUGAGGAGGAGGAGGAAGAGGAGACCACUGACGAUCCCGAAUAUGAUCCUGGCUACAAGGUGAAGCAGCGCCUUGGCGGGGGCCGUGGUGGCCCAUCCCGCCGGGCCCCCCGUGCAGCCCAGCCCCCGGGCCCCCCGGCUCAGCCUUGCCAGCUCUGUGGCCGCUCACCCCUUGGGGAGGCCCCACCGGGAACCCCACCCUGCCGGCUCUGCUGCCCUGCUACAGCCCCCCAGGAAGCACCAGCCCCUGAAGGCAGGGCACUCGGGGAGGAAGAGGAGGAACCACCUCGGGCUGGGGAGGGCCGACCAGCUGGGCGGGAGGAGGAGGAGGAAGAGGAGGAGGAGGGAACCUACCACUGUACGGAAUGCGAGGAUUCCUUCGACAACCUGGGGGAGCUGCACGGGCACUUCAUGCUGCACGCCCGGGGUGAGGUGUAGGCAGAGCCCCCACACAGGGAGCUUGGCAGAAGGGGUGGGGUGGGAGGAGGGGGCCUGAGGAAAUUCGGGUUGUG